CGGUUCUGCACUGAAAUGCAAUUACUACAAAAGCAUUUUUUCCACCCACUACUGCAACGACAACAAGGCAGAGGGCGUCCCUUAGCGGUCAACGUGUGCAAUCGCGCCAUUAAACCGCCUUUUCUGGUAUUUUGUGUUCAAUCGGAUGUUUCUGAGACGUCAGGACCUGGAGACACCCUGGCUUUUUCACUUCAGUCGAGAAUUUGCCGGUUGGUGGUUCGAGCGGACGGGCUGACCCGGAUUCCCUUCUUCUGGGUCGCGUGCUGCGUCGCUGAUGACGGCCCGAGCCUCUUGACUCUCCCGUAUCCGUCGGCGGAAUAAAAACCCAGCAAGGCGAAGGAGAGACCAUUGCAUAGCAACAGGCAGCGUUUUUGACUAAUUCUGCGCCCAGGGGAGCGAGCGCCACACGCGAGAAGGCGACGGCUACAUGAUCUGAGCGUUGUGGCCGGGCCGGCGUGUGGAGGCGGCGGGCGGGAUGAAGGUGCCGAGGAGACCGAGGCAGACGCUGCUUCUCCCCUGGCUCUGCGGCUGCGGAAUCGGUCUGCUCGCAGUCGUCUGGGUGUUGCAUCUCAACGACGUUACAGACUCUCACGGAUCCUCUUGGGAUGCUGAUGAUGGUGAUGUCUUCGUAUCUAAAAAGGAGGUCAACGCACGGAAAGAUGAUCACAACCAAUCCUCUGACUCUGUUUCUAAAUCUGCCAUCAGUGAGUUUCCUGAAGACAUUUUCACUCUGGCGCAGCGGAGACAGGGAGCGGUCGUGCUUCACGUGCUCUGUGCUAUCUACAUGUUUCACGCACUAGCCAUCGUGUGUGAUGUUUAUUUCGUGCCAUCGCUCGAAAAAGUCUCUGAGAACUUGCAACUCAGCCAGGAUGUCGCCGGAGCAACCUUUAUGGCCGCUGGGAGUUCUGCCCCUGAGCUCUUCACAUCUUUGAUAGGAGUGUUUAUCACAAAAGGGGACGUAGGUGUGGGCACAAUUGUGGGCUCAGCAGUCUUUAACGUCCUCGUCAUCAUUGGUAUCUGUGGCAUCUUCGCAGGACAGACAAUCUCUUUGAGCUGGUGGCCUUUGUUUCGCGAUGCUGUCUUCUACAUUUUGUCCAUCAUUGUGCUCAUUGUGGUGAUCUACGAUGAAAAAGUCCAGUGGUGGGAGACCAUCAUACUGAUCUCCAUGUACGGAAUAUACAUAAUCAUUAUGAAGUUCAAUGGCUCUCUGUGCGGCCUGGUAGAGCGAUACUGCCACCGGGCGGGUCAGCCAUGUUUGAGCAGCCUGCGACGUGCAACAGCGGUGGGGAACGCCGGAGACUGCGAUGCCGACAUCGUGCCGCUGAAGUCAGAUUCGUGCGCUAUUGUUGGUCAGGACUCGAGGGCGCUGAUGGUGGAUGAGCUGCUCAACCUCCAUCCGCACCAGCUCACUUUCUCAGAGGCAAGCCUUCGUCUUCUCAUCACCUCGCAUUUCCUCCCCUACACUCGCCUGCGCAUGGCGGGACGCACGGUCAUCAACGAGAGGCAGAGACUGAUCCGAGCUCAGGUAGGCGCGAAAGAGGGCGGAGCUUCAGGGGACGACGGAUGCGGUGCCAGCAGGCUGUGGGAGAAAGAGAACGGAUCAGCAGCCGAGGCCGAUUGUCAGCCUUUGGACGUGGGGAGAGAGGCAGGAAAGGAGGCAGGUAACGACGUCGGAAGCGCAACUCAGGCGAAAGAGGAAGAGGAGGAGGAUGAGCAGGAGGGGGAAGAGGAAGAAAACGCCCCCUUCAAACCCUUCAUCGUGCCAGAUGGCUGGUGUGUCCGUGUGAAGUGGUUCCUCUCCUGGCCAGUCAACCUCUUGCUCCACUGUACCGUGCCCGAUUGCACCCUGCCGCAGUGGGAACGCUGGUACCUGCUCACCUUCCUGGCCUCCACACUCUGGAUUGCCCUCUUCUCCUACCUCAUGGUCUGGAUGGUGACCAUCAUUAGCUUCACACUCGGAAUUCCAGACGUCAUCAUGGGCAUCACGUUCCUGGCAGCCGGCACCAGCGUACCUGACUGCAUGGCCAGCCUCAUUGUUGCCCGACGAGGCUUGGGCGACAUGGCCGUGUCCAACUCCAUCGGCAGUAAUAUCUUUGAUGUGCUGCUGGGUUUGGGCUUCCCCUGGGCACUGAGGACCCUCAUUGUCAGCUAUGGAUCAGUGGUGACAAUCAACAGCAGGGGCCUGGUGUACUCCGUAAUCCUGCUCUUGGCCUCGGUUAUGCUCACUGUCCUUUGCGUCCAUCUGAACCGCUGGAAGUUGGACCGCAGGCUGGGACUCUGGCUGGUGCUGCUCUACGUCAUCUUCCUCCUCUGCGCCAUCAGCUUCGAGAGGCUGUAGACGACAGGACGCACAUGCAAGCUUUUUCCAUCGGAACGAAUUUGUCGUCUUGCGUCCAAUAAUGCCCUUUUGAUAAAGAAGUACUUAACAUGCUUUUGUAACUCCACUUCUGCACACCACCCAAAAACGUGGGAAAAAAUAAUGGUUUGUAUUCUGCAGACUCCAAUUCCAAUGAAGUUGGUAUGUUGUUUACCAGAAAACAAUGAUUUGCAAAACCUUUUGAAAAUAUACUCAACUGAAGACAGGAAAAAAAACCCAAUAUUUGUUUAAUCUGAUUAAGGUUAUUAGUUUGGUUUGCUUGUAUUGUGAUUGUAAUCAGUUUCGAAGUCCAAGCCGAAUGAAAAUUCUCUUCAUAAACAUCAGUCGGAAGUUAAUGUUUUCAGAUUCCCUCUGCCAAACCUAUCAGUAAAAAAAAAAGAAAAGUGCAUUUUCAUUAUGUAAAGUUUCAUAUUCUCUCAUUUUGAAUUUGAUGCUUGCAACACAUUCCAAAAAAGAUGGGACAGGGUCAUGUUAACCACUGGGUUGCACCACCUUUCAACAAUUGAAUAAGUUUGGGAACUGAAGACACACUAAAUGCUUUCCCAUUCUUGCCUAAUGUACAACUUCAGUUGCUCAACAGUCCGGGGUCUUCAUUCUUGCAUUUUACGUGACAUAAUGCGCCACAUAUUUUCAAUGGGAGACAGGUCAAGUCUAGUACAUGCACUCUUGAACUAAAAAGCCACACUCUUGUGAAAUGCAAAAUGUGGCUUGGCAAAAAUCAGUGAUGUCCCUGAAUAGAAGUUGCUUGGAUGGCACCAUGUAGUGCUCCAAAACCUGUAUGUGUACCUUUCAGCAUUAAUGGUCUGGGCUUUUGAACUUUACAUUGAUAAUAAUCCAGACGGUCCUUUUCUUUCAUUUUAGAGGAAACGACGUCCAUGAUUUCCAUGAAAAAGUUUGAAAUCGGCAGACUGCAAUAACUUCAUUUUACGUCAGUCCAUUUCGAUGAGUUUAGGCCCAGACGGCAGCCUUUCUGAGUAUUGUGGAGACUCACCAGUUUCCAAUUAAGCCGUUUCCUGUGGUAUGGUCCAAACAGGUGUUUGGGUUUUUUUUAGCGUUCAUCAACUUUCCCAGUGUUUAGUGGUCCCUGCCUCAAUUGAGAGUAUUUGCAAAAACUGAAAAAAGUAUUCCACAGUUUGAUCAUUGUUUUUGUUACAUGCUUUUGAAUAUAGAUUGAAAAGUAUUUUCAAAUAAUUUUAUUCAGAUUUUAUUUACAUUUUACACAUCCUGACUUCAUUGGAAUUGGGGCUUGUACCUGUUGUACUUAAUACUGUGGCAGUUUAUUUCAUCUUUUUGGGAGUUUACAUGUUAAGUAGUUUUUUUUUUGCCCAAUUUGUAUUACUCAUUUGUGUUGUACACGACUGGCUGAUCACGCUCUAGUGAUAAGGUAGUUGCACCAUUUCCAGGUGUGUGUUGGCCUUGUGCACGCGCAAACCUUUUUAUGCUUGGUAAAAUACAAAAGCUUGUUUGGAUG